AUGAAGGAUGGGUUCUUCCAGGCCCGUUUUCCGUCUGAGGAUGAUAUGCUACAAGUUCUAUCUCAAUUUCAUACGUUCCAAGGUAGAGCCAUCAUAGUGAAGAAAUGGCAUAAGAGUAUACAAUUGGAGCGUGAUAUCUUAGCUACCGUUCCCAUAUGGAUGAGGGUGUAUGACAUUCCAGUUCAUGCUCGAAGUGGAACUUCAGUUUCCAAAGUGGUGUCAAACUUUGCUAAACCUAUAUAUGUGGAUGAUAUUACUCUUUGUAGAGAGAGGGGUUUAUAUGUUAAAGUUUUGGCAGAGAUAGAAGUGGAUGAUAAAUUCCCAGAAGUAAUUAACACAACAUUGCAUGGGCUAUCCUGUAGAGUACAAGUUGAAUAUGAAUGGAAGCCUCAAAUAUGUGGUCUAUGCAAGAAGAUGGAUCAUACUGAGAGUUUGUGUCCAUUAAACAAGAUUAGAAUUUCUAAACCUAAGGAGAAGUGGGUGGUGAAAAAACUCGAAAAGGAGAACAUAGCAGUACCCCAAGAUAAGGGUAUCUCAGAGGGGGAUAAGGAAAUUUUGAGUCCUGUAAUAGAGAUGAUUGAAGAGGUGGGUGGCUUUACAGUGCAAAGGAAAUCAAAAGGCAAAGUUAAGGCAGGGUCUCAAAAAUCACAGUUACAAGUGGUCUCCUUGAACGCAUUCCAAGUUCUUGAUGAAUUAACUGAGAGAGAAGAGGGAGAGGAACCUACGUUAGACAAUGCUAUAGCGAUUGAAAAGGGUAAUGGGGUAGCUGUAAUGUCAGUGGAAAAUAAUCAAGAAUGUGCUAUUGAAAGGGAUCUCCAGAUUACGGAUAAAGUGCAAAAUCUAGUGCAGGAGACAGAGGUGGGGGUUCCAGUAUCACCAGAGGGAGGUACCUCUUGCUCAAAGAAGUAG